AGCACACGCCGGAUACGCGGUCAAACGACGGAACAGUGGAUAAGGGUCCUUUUUUCCUCUCUCCGUCAUUUCCACCUCUUGAGUUUUUACAAUCGCUCACACUUCACUUCACUCGUUUCUUUUCAUCUUCCAACUUGCUCCGCCGAUGGGGAACAAUAGGGGAAUUUCAAAGCAGCGGAAGACGAAGAAGAACGCAACUGGGGCCGCACAAGACGCCGCGUCGCGAUCCAGCGAUGACCGUCAGCUUCCACCGCAACAACAGCAACAGCAGCAGCAGAGAAAGGCGGAGAGUGAGCCCGCGGCCCCGCGGUCUAUCGAAGACGUCGCGCGUCUCUUCAUUGGCGACGCGGCGGUGGUGGAGCAAUUGGUGAAGGCGAACUCGGCCACCGCGCAACGCCAAAGCAACACGAAGAGACCGCGCGACACGUCUGCGGACGUGCCCGUCGACGCGCUCCCGGCGAAGUCGAGGAUCAACAAAUCGACCGACAGCCCGGGAAGGGGCCAGCAGACGCCUGGCACGCAGAGUCGCUCGAGCUCCGCGGCGGUGGAAGGCGAAACGAAGAAGAAGAAAAAAUGCGCGAAAGCCAAAAAGGCAGGUACCUCCGCGGUUGGGCAGGAGGACGAUGAAGAUGUGGCAUUGUCGCGGGCCGUACAAGCCAAGGCGCUGAGCUUUCUCCAGCACCUCAACCCCAACCGCAGUAAGGCAUUCUGGGGCCUGCGUGACGUGGCUCAAGGCAAGGCACCGAAAGCAGUGAAGCCGUCUUUGUCUCCCGCACCCGCAGGCGCCCUUUUUUCUUCGUCGUCUCUCUCCACCUCUGCCACGGCCACAUAUAAGAAGGUCGGCAAGAACAAGCGCAGCAAGAAGAAUCGCGCGUUGGCAGACGAUGGUGAGGAGUUGUGGCGUGUCGGCGGUCCCUACAUCCCUAGUGGGGAAGAGGAAAGCGGCAGUGGCGAUGUAGAAGCGUUGGGAGGUCGGUCGCAACGUGGUGUGCGCGAAGUCGACGACGACGAUGACGGCAACAGUAAUGACAGUGAUGCGCUGUCGAGCAGCUCCGACACCAGCAGCGAACCGUCUUGGAUGCAGGACAGCAGUGAAGAUGACGAGGCAGAGGACGAAUCUGGGGCGGCGUCCGAUGCCAACAGCGAUGUAGACGCAAACGAUGACGUGCCCCGCAAAGGUGACCGGGAGUCAAGUAGAAAGGAUGAGCGUGGCGUACACAAUGGCGGCGGACGUCUUUUCCAGAGCCACGAUGACAUCUGGGACGAUGACGAUGACUGA